GCAUUGCCGUAGUCGAAUAGGACAGCAAGAUGAAACAAGUGAUCAGUCUAGUGCUAUUCGGAUUGUUCUGCGGCAGCGCAGUGCUGACUGACGCUAGCGAUCAGAACAAACCGGAUGGAGCGUCCCAAUCUGGCCGCAUUGUAAAUGGAAAAGCAGUGAGCAUUGUUAAAUAUAAGUAUGCCUUGAGCUUGCGAGUUAACGGUGUUUUCGAUUGCGGAGCUACCAUCAUUACUAAUUCGCAUUCGUUGACUGCUGCGCAUUGUGUGUAUAAGUAUCCGUCCGAUCCAUCACGCGUAACUUUGUAUGGAGGAAGCACAUCCACUUCUUCUGGUGGAAUUGAAGUCCCCGUGGUCAGUAUAGCUCUUCAUCCUAAUUAUAAUCGUAAGGCGUUUCCCGCUGCAUCGGAUUGUGAUGUAGCUGUCCUUACUGUUCCUGUGAAUUCCUUCAGCGGAAGGCCAAACAUGGCCCCAUUAGCGCUGCAAACCAAUGAGCUGCCGGUCGGUACUGAGUGCUUCGUGAUUGGAUGGGGACGCACAGGUAAUAAUCAACCAGCGUCUGUAAAUCAAUUGCGCUACGCCAACAUGAAUAUUGUGUCACAGAGCACUUGUGCUACAAUGUGGGCUGAAUAUCGCAAGUUGUGCGGGACAUGCAAGCAAUCUAUUACCUCGAACAUGAUUUGUGCCAAAUACAACAAUGGUGUAGACACGUGCGGUGGAGACAGCGGCGGUGCGUUGGUGUGCGGAAGUGGAUUGGCGGGAGUUGUGUCGUUUAGUCAUCCUAACUGUACUAGCGCAUGGCCAGCAGGAUUUGCUAAAAUUACUGCACCAAGUAUUCGUAGCUUUAUUCGCCAAUACGCUGAAAUCUAGAUUAUAGAAUUGUUGUAUAGCAGUAAUAAACAGAUGUGUAGUCCUUUAUUGCGUGAAA